UUUUUGUGUUCCAGAGAGAAGAGAAGAGAGAAGAGAAGAGAAGAGAAGUGGAGGAAGUGGAGCUUCUACCGCGGGAGCCAAAAACUCACAACCUUCUCCGGGAACCCGGGAUCUACUUUUUCCGAUCGUUUCUGAUUUUCGGGGGGGAUUUUGGAUUUGUGUCGCCGUUUCGCUUUACUAAAAAAAAAAAGGAGCAACAAACAAAAUCACGUCGAAAUCUUACAAGUCACCCAAAAAAAAGAAGAAGGAUCAAGAGCAUGUUCUUCCUCUUCCUAUGGAUCUUCACCCUGCCAGACUCACUUUCCCAAGCCGUGCAGUCUCGUUUCCUCCAGGAGCCAGCCGACCAGACGGUGGUGGCGGGGCAAAAAGUGGUUUUGUCGUGCGUGGUGCUGAAUUACUCCGGAAUCGUGCAAUGGACGAAAGACGGCCUGGCCCUGGGACUGGGGAACCUAAAGAUCUGGCCUCGCUAUCAAGUGGUGGGAAACGUGGAUUCCGGCCAGUACAACCUGGAGAUCACCAACGCCAGCAUCUACGAUGACGCCAACUUUGAGUGCCAAGCGACGGAGGCCGCCCUACGGUCCAAAGGAGCCAAGCUGACCGUGCUGAUUCCCCCGGAGGAUCCCGUCAUAGAGUCUGGUUCGGACACCCUACUCCUGAGAGCCGGGAUCCCCUACAACUUGACCUGCCGAGCCGAAAAAGCCAAGCCAGCGGCCACCAUCGAGUGGCUCAGAGAUGGAGCCCUGCAGGAAGGAGCCGCCACCAGCACGAUGGUGUUGGCGGAUGGAAAACUUGAAACCACCGUGAGCUACCUGUUGAUAGUCCCUACGGAUCAAGACAUUGGCCGAACGUUUACGUGUAGGACAUCGAACUACGCUAUUCCAACCGGCAAGGAGACCACAGUCAAGCUGGACGUCCAUCAUCCGCCAACGGUCACCUUAUCUAUCCAACCGCAAACCGUGCUGGAGGGCGAAAGGGUCCGCUUUACCUGUAUGGCCACCGCCAAUCCCACCAUUAAAGGAUACAGGUGGGCCAAGGGAGGUGUGAUCAUCGAGGGAGCCAAGGAAAGCACAUACGAGGCACAAGUGGAUUUUACUUUCUUCACAGAGCCCGUCUCCUGCGAAGUACACAACGAAGUUGGGAGCACCAAUGUCAGCACCUUGGUGGAUGUACAGUUUGCCCCACGGAUUGUGAUCGAGCCCAAGCCUACUGUGACGGAUAUGGGAUCCGACGCCACGCUCACCUGUUUUUGGACCGGAAACCCUCCUCUUACCCUGACGUGGACCAAGAAAGGAACGGAUGGAGUGUUAAGUAACAGUAACCAGCUGUUUCUGAAGUCUGUACGCCAGGAGGAUGCUGGGCAGUACAUAUGCAAGGCCAUCGUCCCGCGUAUCGGCGUAGGAGAGCGAGAGGUGACGUUGUUCGUCAAUGGUCCCCCGAUGAUCACCAGCGAGGGGUUGCAGUACGCAGUGCGAGGCGGGGUUGGAAAAGUCGAAUGUUUCAUUGGAAGCACGCCGCCUCCAGACCGCAUUGCCUGGGCAUGGCCGGAGCGGACCAUGGAAGCGGGAACAGUGGACAGGUAUACGGUAGAAAGGACCAAAACGGAAAGCGGCGUGCGCUCCACUCUGACCAUCAAUAACGUCAUUGAGUCAGACUUCCAGACCACAUACAACUGCACAGCAUGGAACACCUUUGGUUCAGAAACUGCCAAUAUUAAACUAGUAGAGGAAGAAGUUGUCCCAGUGGGAACCAUUGUCGCAGCGACCAUCGGGGCAGGCAUCCUGCUCAUCAUCUUCUUUGUCUUCUUCAUUUUCUUCCUGUACAGACGUCGUAAAGGCAGUCGUAAGGACGUGACUCUGAGAAAACUUGACAUCAAGGUGGAGACGGUAAAUCGGGAACCUUUAACCAUGCACCCAGACAGAGAGGAGGACACGUCAAGCGUUUCCACUGCAACAAGGGUCAUGAAGGCCAUCUAUUCCGAGCAGUGCAGCAUCUUUGCCGCCCCGUCACAGGAAUCUGCAUUAGGUGGACUUCACUGGCAGGCUCAACAGUCUUUUAAGGAUGACGUGGACCUCAAGCAAGACCUGCGUUGUGACACCAUCGACCGAGAGGAGUACGAGCUCAAGGAUCCAACCAAUGGAUAUUACAAUGUCCGAGCUCAUGACGACAGGCCAACAUCCCGAUCUGUGUUGUACGCAGAGUACCGUAAUCCUGGACCGGCACGGUUUGAUGCACGCCCUUCGUCACGUCUUUCUCACUCCAGUGGCUAUGCCCAGCUGAACACCUAUAGCCGGGCUCCUACGACAGAUUAUAGUACAGACCCUACUCCCACAGUUACAUCCGCUACUACAGAUACCACCAGUCAACUUUCCUACGAUAACUAUGAAAAGUUUGGGACACAUGCUUUCGCAGCUAACGCUGGCUACCCCACAUACAGGCUUGGUUACAUGCAGCCAACCACAACAGGUAUGGAACGAGGACCUUAUGAUACUUUUGACCCAGUUGGGAAGUUCACAGGAGCCACCCGUUUCUCAUACACAUCCCAGCAUUCUGACUAUGGACAAAGGUUUCAACAAAGGAUGCAGACACAUGUCUGAGGACUGACUUAAAGUUAAAGCCGGUGGGCAAAAAAGGGGAAAGUCAACGGGGAGACAUCUUUCAGCUAUGCCUUCUCUGAUACAAUAUCAAUUCAUGAGACAGCACUCUUGGAAGGGAAACAACCUCUUACCGUAUCUUCUGAUACUCAGGGACCUUAUUGUCUUGAUCUCAGAAGUCCCCAAGAAAACAGUCGAAGUUGCCCGCCAGGCAGAGCCUCGAAGUUUUGAUAUGGAAUAAGAUGCCAAACAAAAAAGCUGGCCUUUUAGCACCUGACCAUUCCUUAUAUACCACUGACUUUGCCGUCUGGUGUAUGGCAAACACUUUUGACUUAGACCUCAGUUCGGUACUGGUGAAGCUUUUCAUUCUGCCAAUAAGUUCCAUGAAUCACUUUGGUCUUUUUUCACGCAAACUAAUUUCUGGUUUUUAGCCAUCUCCCUAACUGCCAGGAAUGUCAUGCCAUCACCGAUGAGAGGCAUUUGGUCUUGCUAUUGCAAGGUCUUUUGUAGGUAUACAUUCCAGCUGUUGGAUUUAAAGAGAAGAGGAAAAUGUUGAUUCCAUGUUAGGCCACCACCACUUUUUCGGUCAGUAGUCUUCACCAUCCUGGUAUUUUGAAUAGCAGCUGUUGGCAAAGUGGAGUGGCUAAGAUUUGGACAAUCAAAACACCACAAUUUGGAACAUUUUGUGGGUCAGUUUAUAAAUUCCACUUUCUUUUGGGAUACUGAUGUUCAUCCUGCUUCAGGAACACAUGGUCUAGGAUUACUACCACGUGCUAUGCUGUAAUACGCCUAGCUGCCUGCCCUUCGGAACGGGUAACAGUGUGUGAAAUUACGGAGCACUCCUUCACCCCUGUUUGUAUUGUACGUGUACUUUACGAAGAUCUCUGUGAAGAGACGUAUACACCAUUUUUAUAGUUAUUUUUACUUUAUAUUCUUGCUGCAUAUUUUUGCACAUAAUUUUUAUGGGCUUUUUAUUUGUAAUUCGACUCUUUUUUGACCUAUCUCAUAUAAAGGUAUUAUAUUGGGCUUGUAUAGGCAGUAAGAAUUACCGGUUUCACAAUUCCAAAAUCUCCACCAUUAGAGUUUGAGAAAAAUACUCAUGGACAAGUUGUCUAAGAUCUUGGUGAUAUGAAUGGUGAUAUUAAGAUCUUGGUGAUACGAAUGGUAAUACAUUAUACUGUAUAUAGCCAAAGGUAUGUGGACAUCACUCAAAAUGAUGGGCAAAGCAAGUUCCAUAAAGUGAUACUUUGUUGAAUUUGGUGUGGUCUGCAUAGAGACCCUCUGAACACCUUUUGGGUUUGAUUGGAACACCAAGCCAGGUCUUCUUCUCCAAAAUCACCUGACCCGACAAAGGCUCUUUUGCCUGAAUGGGCACAAAUUCCUACAGACACAACAAAAUCUUAUGGAAAGCCUUCCUAUGCCGCAUACACACGAUCGGAAAUUCCGACCAGAAAACCGUAGAUUUUUUUCCAACGGAAUGUUG